GUGAGUCGGGGAAGCAAAAGGCAGGUGGGAAAGCCAGCAGGAUGGAGAGGGGCCGAGACAAGAGGAGGAGAAAGAGCCCGCCGCGGCGGCUGCUCCUGUUUCCAGCCGGCUGCGCUUUUGACGCUGUCCAGCUCUCCAAAGCGAAGCGCCAUGUAAACCGGCAACUCUUCUAAACUUGGGCGUAGGCGGAGAAGUAAUUGGGUGAGCGAGGCAAGGGGGAGAAUCCCAGUUCCUCCGGACUUUUCUCUCUCUCUCUGCGCCCCCUUCUUUUCUGGAUAGGCUGAAGAAGCUGCGGGGACGGCGCGGCCGAGGCUAAGAGCGCGCCUCACUUUCCGAAGAGGGUCCCGCACGUGCGCCCUGGGCGCCUCCAACCCUUGAGACCCAGGCGCGGCGCUGGGCGAAGUGUGACCGGGCAAGAAGCGAGGAGAGUGAGGGCGCGGAGGUCCCUAACCUGGCGCGAGCGUCGAAGUGUCGCGGCGGAGCCCCUCUCGGUCCCCUUCCUCGGGCCAUGAUGCCGGGCUGACCGGCUUCGAGGCUGGUGCCUCUCCAUGCGGUGACGGUGCCCUCUCCAUCUUGCCAGCGCUAUGGCCGGGGCGCCCGGCGGGGACCGUGCCAUGCUGUCUCCGGCCACGAUCCCCGGCGGCGGCGUGGAAGCCCAACGGGUGGAGUUCGUGGCCCUUACCGCCGUGCAGACGGAGAAAAACGACGUCCCUGCCGCCGGCAGCCCCAGGCGCCUGGGGCUCCUCGGGACGCCGCUGCCGGUUCCCCGGGGGGGCUCCGGAGCCCGAUCCGCCUCCAACAAACGCUACCGGCGCCUCCAGAACUGUCUCUACAAUGUGCUGGAAAGACCCCGAGGUUGGGCGUUUAUCUAUCACGCCUUCAUAUUUCUCCUGGUCUUCAGCUGUCUGGUCCUGUCUGUGUUUUCAACCAUCCCAGAGCAUCACAAAUUCGCCAACCAGUGUCUCUUCAUCCUGGAAUUUGUCAUGAUUGUGGUUUUUGGCAUGGAAUACAUCAUCAGGGUCUGGUCAGCCGGCUGCUGCUGCCGCUACAGAGGUUGGCAGGGACGCUUUCGAUUUGCCCGGAAACCUUUCUGUGUCAUAGAUUUCAUCGUCUGCAUUGCUUCUCUGGCCGUCAUCGCUGCUGGCACCCAGGGGAACAUCUUUGCUACCUCGGCACUGCGCAGCAUGCGCUUCCUACAGAUCUUGCGCAUGGUGCGCAUGGACCGCCGCGGUGGCACCUGGAAGCUCCUGGGCUCGGUGGUUUAUGCGCACAGCAAGGAGCUGAUCACAGCUUGGUACAUCGGUUUCCUGGUCCUCAUCUUUGCCUCCUUCCUCGUCUACCUGGCAGAGAAAGAUACCAACAAAGAUUUUCUCACCUAUGCAGACUCACUCUGGUGGGGUACGAUCACACUCACCACCAUUGGCUACGGGGACAAGACCCCACAGACAUGGCUGGGGCGGGUGUUGGCAGCCUGCUUUGCCCUCCUGGGCAUUUCCUUCUUUGCUCUACCUGCUGGGAUCCUGGGCUCGGGGUUUGCUCUCAAAGUUCAAGAGCAGCAUCGGCAGAAACAUUUUGAGAAGAGACGGACACCGGCGGCUAACUUGAUCCAGGCUGCGUGGCGCCUCUACUCAACGGAUGUCAGCCGAGCCUACCUGACAGCCACCUGGUGCUAUUACGACAGCAUCCUUCCAUCAUUUAGAGAACUGGUCCUUAUGUUUGACCACUUGCACCGAGCUCGCAACGGGGGGCUCAGGAACUCUGAGGUGAGGAAAUUCCCUGAUGGAGCUCCACCACCGUACCACUCCUUCACCUCUGGCCUGAAAACCAUCCAUCCUCCAUUUUGCUCAGGGGAAAGCAAUAAAAUGGGCAUCAAGGACCGCAUUCGCCUGAACAAUUCCCAGAGGCAGGGCAGCCGGGGGAAGCAGCAUCUGGUCCCACCUCUCCGCCGCUCUCCCAGCACUGAGAAUGUCAACGAGGCCAUCAGCCCCACCAAGGUGCAGAAGAGCUGGAGCUUCAAUGACAGGACAAGAUUCCGGGCCUCAUUGAGGCUGAGGCCCCGGACACCUGUGGAGGUUGAUGGUCCUGCAGAGGAAAGCAGUGAGGAGAAGGCCUACCAGUGUGACUUGACUUUUGAAGACAUCAUGCCUGCUGUGAAGAUGCUCAUCAGGGCAGUGAGAAUCCUCAAGUUCCUGGUGGCCAAGAGGAAGUUCAAGGAGACGUUGCGUCCGUAUGAUGUCAAGGAUGUUAUUGAGCAGUACUCAGCUGGCCACCUGGACAUGCUUGGCAGGAUCAAAAGUCUCCAGACGCGUGUGGAUCAGAUCAUGGGCCGGGGAGCUAUCGCUAUCGAUAAGAAAAAAGGGGAGAAGACACCACUGGAGGUGGAGCUGGCGGACGACUUCAGUAUGAUGGGCCGAGUGGUCAAGGUGGAGAAGCAGGUGCAGUCCAUUGAGCACAAGUUGGAUUUGCUGUUGGGUGUCUAUUCUCAGUGCUUGCGGAAAGGGUCCGUGAACUCCAUCAGCCUGACGGCAAUGCCAAUCCCCACCGGGGAGCCUGACAUCACCUCCGACUACCACAGCCCCGUGGACCACGAGGACAUCUCUGUCUCCGCUCAGACCUUGAACAUCUCCCGGUCGGCUAGCACCAACAUGGACUAAGAUGGCAUCCAGCCUAGCCAUGUGGUCGUUACACACCAGCCAUAUUAGGGAGGGCGGCACCUCUCCGCUUCCAGGGCAGAAGGAGGGAUAGACAAACGUUGCCGGCUGCUCUGACAGACAAUGCUCCGAGAGCGAGAGCCCUUCGUCACCCUCGCCAUCCUGGUGGGGUGCCAACUGACUCCUCUCUCUUAGUGCACCUCAACUUUACUUGAAGUCUUCCAGCUGCAGAGCAAAGCUGCUAUUACUGGGUGUUCCAAGAAGGAUGCAGUUUUCAUGCCCUCGGUAGAGCCAUUGUGGCACUUCUGUGGCUUUUUAAACAAAAAGUGCUACGUAAAUAGCAGCGCCUGGCAGUCUGAACUGCACGGGGCAGGUGGUCUUCUCCAUGGAGAGAAAUCCACACUAGCCUGAAACAUGAUGCAGAGGGCUCCACCCUUUGCCCUUCAGCCUUUGAUGAGCAUCUUUUAAGGUUCUCUGCUACCAAAAGCAUCUCCAGGUGCAUCCAACUUCAUAUGGGCUGGACCCUCCUUUGUCAACAGAGGUACCAGGGCUGAAGAACCACCAACAGCCCCCUCCCCCAGCCCAGCAAAUAACACCAGUGGUUCCAGACACUUUACUUUAUCGGCUUGUAUCUGACCGCCUCUGGCUCCGGACUUCUACCAGGUCAGAGAUGCUUACUAACAGCUAUGCAAAUGCUAGGUAACCCUUUCUUCCCCGGUCAAAAGCGAGGGGCAUUGCGACUCAAGUGAAUGUGGUUUCUUACCUUUGCAUCUAGAAGAGAAUAAUAACUGGCAAUGUCUAUUCCUGCUCUUGGCAGUGUUUAAGCACCUUGGCUCUUCCCCCACUCACCCCCGCCAGGUAGUGGACAUUGCUCUGUGGCCCCGACAUCAUAAGCACAGCGGGACCUUCCUCGCAGGGGAAGUGCUUCUCAGGUGCAGAGCAAACAUGAUAUGCAACAAUCUUAAAUAUGCAACCUGAAAUCAAUCUUUAUAGUCAAUCAGUGGACUUUGAGCCUCCCCUGACUAGGACACGGAGGCAAUCCUGAUGCCUUCAUAUGCUCACCUAAGAAGGCCAAAUUCAGCUGGCCAGCAGCAGAGAAGUUCCUGGUGACCUGCAGGGUGUGUUGCAUCCGAUUCCUACCUUUAGGGCAACAGCCAGCCUGUCCCAAGGGAUUGUGCAUCCCUUUCAUCCAAUAGCAUUAGGCUUUCAUGAUUAGAGGUUCUGGUUUUGUGGUGGUUACCUUGACGGAGGGCGCUCUGGUGUAGCUUUAGAUCCUCCCUCCCCUCAGACCACCUAACGAAUCCAGCCCCUUUGCUAGCGGACAGGCCCUGGUUGACCCCCGAUUUCCACCCCUCAGUCUCCUGCAGGCAGCCCACUAAACUGCCUUCCUACUAUCCUCACCCAAAGCUUGUCUCCAACAUCAUUUCAGGCCCCAACCUCUGCAUCUUUGGGAGCUGUUCCCAUUAUGAGGCUGUGCCUCCAGAUAUGAUACGGUAUUUUUAUUUAUUUUUUAUUUUAUUACUAUAUUUCUAUCCCGCUUUCUCCUCCAAGAAGCUCAAGGGUGGUGCACAUAGCUCUCCCCAUCCCUGUUUUAUCCUCACAACAACCCUGUGAGGUAGGUCAGGCUGAGAAGCUACAACUGGCCCGAAGUCACCCAGUGGGCUUCAUGGCUGACUAGGGCUUUGAACCUUGGUCUCCGAGGUCCAGAACUCUAACCAUGACACCUCACUGGCUCUCGGACUUGCCUUCCUAAUAAGUUUUCCCAAUUAGUUUGUUUUGCUGUUUUCUUAAUCUUAAUUGCAAUAAGUAUCACUGUAGACUUCAGUCUUGAGUGUGCUUUUUGGGGAAAGAUCAGUGGCUAAGGCCCUCUCGACACAUUACCUUUCCAGGUAUGUGCUAUUACAAAAACAACAGCGACAACAACACUUAGGUAGGGAUGGAUAAUCUUUCUUUAGCUUGAGGGCUGAAUUCCCUGAUGGGCAAGCUUCCAGGGGCUGCAUGCCCGUGGUGGGCAGGUCCAGAAGCUAAAGUGGGUGGAGCAACAGGGUUGACUUUUGUCUAGUAGGCAACAUUCCAACUAAGCAAGAGCCAGAGGUUUCUACCUACACCCACAUCCAGCACAUCCCUCUCCAUCCAGGCAAACUUGUGUCCUGUGUUCCAAGGACACAGGCAAAACACUUGUGGAGGACAUGGCCUGGAGAAAGGGGCAUGGACUAGGAAGAGGCAUGGCCUGUGAAAAGCCCCAAGAUCCGGAGAGAGAGAGGCCCAUGGGCCUGAGAUUUCCCAACUCUGCAUUAGAAAUUCAUCUGCAAAAAUAAUAUACAAACCAGAUGUGUCUAAAAGCACAUGCAUCAUACCAGCAUGCAUGUCAAAGGUCCACAGUUGACUGCAGCUCUGCCAAGUUGUCACUCUGCCGCAAACCUGAGCUUGCUGCUGUGUAAACAGUGGCCCUUAGAUCUAGUAGUUUGAGGGGACCAUAUACUUCCUCGCUCUCCAUUUCCAUUGCACAUUCUUGUUGGUACAGAGCCAUCCCAUGAUAAUUUACAAGCUUGAAUGGCUUGUUCCUUUCUGCCUUUCCUCCCCUUUCUCUGGCCUCUACCUGGCCACCUGGAUUUCACAGUGUACUCCCACCCUGAUUGGAUAAUAAUUGUUUUUAAGCAGGAGAUCAGAUCAAAGUCCUUCCUCUUCCUCAUUGUUUCUGUCUUCCUCUUCCUCAUUGUUUCUGUCUUCCUCUUCUUCAUGGUUUUUUGUCUUCCCUUCUCCACUGCUUUUGUCUUCUCUUUCUUAGCGCCACCACCACCACCAUUGUCAUACAUGAAGAUGGAGGAGGGUUUAAAACUGGAAGGUUAUCCCUUUCUUUUCACCUCACAGGCAACAUCACCAGGGUGAUCCAGUUGCCCCAGGAGAUAUCAGAUUAGGGGGAAGGCCCUGCUUCCAUUUCACGCCUCCUUAGGGUGCAUGCCACAAAACCCCUCUGGCCUCCCGUGCACCUUUCUCCUUUGCAUGCUCAUGCAUGUGUCUUGAAGAAAUGGCUAGAGCUCUUCCUGACUUCUCAGCCCACCGAAGCCCACCUCUCCCCACCUCUCAAUGCACUGAACACGGCGUCUUUGGAGAACACACCCCAAGUCUUCCAUCCAAGACGGACGUCUCCAAAAGUGGGAGGGAGAAGGGGCUUGUGCGGUUGGGGGAGGAAGAGAGGAGGGGCAUGGCUUUGACCAACCAAGGUAAAUGAGGUGGACCCUCCAAUGGAUUUCCAAAUAAACCUUGUUUCUGAGACAAUGAAUAGUACCUCACUUUAUUAACUUAUUAACUUAUUUGUUUCAUUAAAGUUUUCAGUAGACGGUUGCCUGUGUGUCUCGUUAAUUAUCUGUUUGUGGUAGAAACCUGUGGGCUGUGUGGAUGGGGGCCAGAGUUAACUUGGGCUGCAUCUUGGAAAUGACUGUCUGUCAAUCUGCAUGGGGUGGGGUGAAAGAAUGAGUGAGAUAUGGCAAUCACUAGGACCCCCCUUGCCUUUCAAGGCUAUUGAAGCCUACUCUUGAGGGAAAGUUCUACACUUAUUCAUUCAAAGCAUUUAUACCCUGAUGUUUAGCUCCCAGCAUGGCCUACAAAUCAGUAAGAAUAACACAGUGCCAGCCUUUGGGCUUACCAUCCAAAAACAGAUGACACAAAAGGAAAUAGGGAGGGGGAGGGAAGAGG